AUGCCUUCGGUUCCAUUCAAGGUCAAAGCCGUCUUUGACUAUAAGUCGGAUGAGCCGGACGACCUCAAUUUCUCCCUCGGUCAAAUCAUCACCGUGACCGAAGAGGAAGAUGCCGACUGGUAUACUGGCGAAUAUGUUGAUGCUUCUGGAGACAAACUCGAUGGGAUCUUUCCCAGGAACUUUGUCGAGAAAUAUGAGCCUCCUGUCCCCUCUCGACCUGCUCGAGCUCCAAAGCGAGCUCCGCUUCCAGAUCCUGUUGAGGAGACCCCAGAGCCUCCUACAGCGCAGCCUGUUGCUCCCACUCCUCCCGAUCCGGUGGACCACCCGGAAGAACAACACAUAGAUUCCCCUAAAGACAAAGAUGUUGUGGAGCCAGCCAGGCAAGAGCCAUUACCAUCACCUCCCAUUUCUACUAUUGCUGUCUCUGCUUCCAAGCCGCCCACCACUAAACCCGCCGCAUCCAAACCGCCUCCACCUGUCGCAGAGAAACCGACUUCAAGCUCUUUCAAGGAUCGAAUAGCGGCGUUCAAUAAACCUGCUGCGACUCCAGUCACUCCAUUCAAGCCCGGUGGUACCGGACCGGGGGGUACUUUUGUCAAGAAGUCAUUCGUCGCUCCACCACCGAGCAGAAAUGCCUAUAUCCCACCCCCAAGGGAACCACCGCCACCGCAAAAGUUCUACCGCCGUGAAGAAGACCCCACCCUCCAAGAGUCCGAACCCAGGGACGCACAAACAGAACCACCUGCUCAAGAAGACGCCCCUGUCGAAGACCAACCUAAACCCCAAAGCUUGAAAGAUCGGAUAGCACUUUUACAGAAGCAGCAGCUAGAACAGGCAGCAAGAAGUGCCGAGAAGAGGGACAAGCCCAAGAGACCUCCUAAGAAACGGGUUGAAUCUACAGAAGAGGUUGAGCAGACUGGGUUGGCAGACCCAGCUCUCGCUAAGGUGGAAACCAACGAAACCGUAGGUCGCCCGUCAGGCGACCUCGCUGAGGAGGCAACUCAUCCUUCUACCAACAUUGCUACUGUCACACCGCAGCCCCAGCCUUCGAGGGAACUAGUUAGUGAUACCAAUGAUGCUGAUGAUUCAGGCGCUGGGGACGAGGAGGACGCACAGGAAGUCUCUACCGAAGAGGAACGGCCCAAGGCCAGAUCCUCAGAGAAAUCAUUUUCAGAUCCACCCAAGCAGAAACCCAAUACUGUCGAAGAUGGCGAAGAUGGCGAAGAUGGAGAAGAUGACGAAGAGCAAGAGGAGGAAGAGGAAGAAGAUCCUGAGAUUAGACGGAGAAGGGAGCUGAGGGAACGGAUGGCCAAGAUGAGCGGAGGCAUGGGUAUGAUGGGUAUGUUUGGCCCUCCUGGAGGACUAGGUGCCCCAGCGCCCGCCCGAAAGCCAAAAGCUUCAGCCGAGUCUAGUCGGCAAACAUCGGAAUACCAUCAGCAGGAGGAGUCUCAAGAAAGAGCCACUCCACUUCGCGUAGCGCUUCCUGGAAUGUCCAAUAUGGUGCCCAAACGGGAGGAGGAAGCCUCUGUGAAUGAUGGCAGUGACGAGGAUGAAACCGCAAGGCCUACUCCUCGCGAGCCUUUUUCACAUGGCGAGGCUGAGGAUUAUGUCUCCAAGCCCUUGCAGCGACGUUCAACUGAUCGUCCUGCUCCCCCAACUCCACAGGAGCGUCCGUUUCCGCCAGCACCACCACGCGAAGCGAGAGCGGUUCCUCCACCACCCCCAGCAGGUCCAAGACCAAUCCCACCCACACCACAAUCUCCAACCUCGGGUAUGGUAUCCCAUCCAUUGUACGGCUCUUCAUUGACACUCCGUCCAGGCCGAACCGCCCCACCAAUCCCAUUGAGCCCAACCAGCCCUGACCAGACUGGUCAUGACGAAGCAACCGAUGAGGAGCGCAACUUGAACUCAUCAAAUAUCACCAGAUCUCCUCUGACCGAUACUACAGCUAGCCCAAAUUUUAACGCACCACCGCCUCCUCUCCGUAGAGAAGAGCCUCCCAGAUUGGAUACAACCGAGACCGGAAUCUCUCCAACCAACGAAAAAAGAGUUAGUCGUGUUCCACCUCCGAUUCCCAUGAGUCCGACUUCCCCCCAAGCUCGGGCCCCUCCUCCACCUCCACCUGGCCAACCUCCAGUUAGACGAUCAACUAGCGACUCCAGAGGUAUUCCAGUAAAGCCUCCCGCGGAUGAGGAUGAUGAUGAGGAGGAGGAAGAAGUGACCGAGUAUGAUGGAGACUAUGAUACCGACAUUGCUUCCAGUGCAAAACACAAGGAUGCCUUGAAAGCCCACAACCGUGACUCCAGCCUCGACGACGGUGUGCUGACGGACGAUGCCAUAAAAUCACCGAAAAGCCCACCACGCGGAGCGCCUCCUCUACCACCUGUCCCAUCAGUGGCCGUACCUCGCGAUACACCGCCACCUCUACCACCAGCAGCAGCCCCGAAGUCGAGGAAGUCUAUGGAUGCUCCCCGUGGCGCUCCUCCCCCCGUGCCUCCCCCCAAGGUCGCCAAUGAUGACGAUGAAGACUAUGAUCCUUAUCGAUAUGGUGUACAACCUCAGGGUGCCCCAACUUAUCCGCCUAGGGGCCAGUACUCACAACUCUUGCAGUCCCCCAGGGAAGAAGUAGAAGAGGAUGACUUGUAUGGUGGCAGUCAGCCACCUUCCUCUAUCCCUCCACCCCCUCCGCCAUCUGACAGACCUGCUCCCCCUCCACUUCCCCCACAGGCCGAUUAUCAACCUCCCCCGUCAUCAUUCGCACCACCUCCUCCACCACCACCCGGCCCCCAGCCAGAACAAAAUCUUGAUGUCAAACGAUCCGGUACGGUUUCUCGCCGCUCUAUGGAGCAUUCACGCACUAGUGGGGAACAGGGCUUUAUUGCGCGCGAUAUUGAUGUCGGGAAGAAUUCACUUUGGUGGACUCAGGAAGCGCUUCCUCCGCCAGCACUACAGGGCCGUCAGGAUGUAUUAUAUGAGAUAGAGACUUCGUCAUCAGCGAACCGGAGUGGCCGAACGACUGUCUCUAAGGAUGUGUUUGUGCUGUACAUGGACUAUUCCUCAACUACCGUCAAUGCCAGUUUUGACAGUGCCGACCCUUCACACGCUACCUUUGAGCAGAACCACGAACGCCCCCCGCCUGCACCUAGGCGUGAUCAACUUGAAAGCGCGUCAGGACAGUUCGGCGUGCAAAUAAGCAGAGCCGCAAAUAGUCUGGCAGGAUCCGCUGUAGGUGAUGGCUCAGGACAAGCCCUUGUUCUUGAAGUCUUGAAGCCUCAUGGCACCGCCCUACGUCCAAUUGGCAACAGAGCUUAUGGUGCUUUAGUUUAUGCUAAUCUAGGCAAUGCAUCGACACAGCAAUUUGAUGAAAUUCGACCUGGUGAUAUCGUUACUUUUCGCAAUGCCAAGUUCGCCGGUCACAAGGGAGGGCUUCAUGCGAAGUAUAGCAUGGAUGUUGGAAAGCCUGAUCAUGCGGCGGUAGUGAUUGAUUGGGAUGGUACAAAGAAGAAAAUCCGUGCUUGGGAACAAGGUCGUGAGGAGAAGGGAAAGAAGCCAAAGGUGAGGGAGGAGAGUUACAAGGUUGGCGAUCUCAAGAGUGGUGAAGUGAUGGUGUGGAGAGUGAUGCCGAGAAGUUGGGUUGGGUGGGAUAAGAGUGGUUGA